AUGAUUCCUUCAACGGCAAGCGAAUGUGGGGACCCUCCAGGUACCGCCCCACAACGCGCCCUUCUCUCAAAACGAAGUGGCGAAGCUGUGGACCCCCGGGCUCUGCGAGGCGCGCACCUGAGCGGCCAGGGCUUCUCGAGCGAGGGCGGGCGCGGCGGCGGCCCGGCUCCCUCUCGCGCCGUCCUGGAUCACGGCCGCGGGCUGCCGAGGAGCCCCGCAGGAGGAGAGCGGAUCGCCCGACCAUCACCUUGCGCCUCGCGUGGGCGUGAUUCGCUUCAGAAACCCAAGUCCUCUCAGCCCGGAGCUCUCCUCCGCUCCACCCUAGGCGGCUCUCUGGGUCCUGCUGCCUCCCGCGCGCCCUUCCCCGCGCCUCGGCCGCGCGCCCAGGUGUCCCCGCACUCCUCAUUGCCCCCGGCCGGCCGCUCGCGGGCCUGCGGGUCUCCAGCGCCUGGGCCCGCGCUCCCGUCGUCCGCCCUGCCUCCCUUCCCACCGGCCCCGCCCAGCCUCCGCCGCGCUGGGGCUCCCGGCCUGGCCUCUCCGUCUCCCUCCCACCUCCGCCCCCCCUCCUCCCCAAGAGUUGCUAUUUUUAGUAAAUCCUCCGCGCGCCGCCACCGGCUCAGCUCGCAGCUCGCAGCCGUGCGCACCGCCCUCCCGAGCUCCCCACCGCGCGGUGGCCGCGACGGCGGCGGCGCGUCCCGCACACCGCGCAGCGCGCACCGAGCCGGCCCCGCCGCGCCCGCCGCCCUCACCGCGGUCUCCUCCUCCGGCGCCUGUCGCGGCUGCAAAGGCAGCCCUUUGUUUCUUCAACGUGGCCAAUUCCAGAAGCUAACAUCCUGAUCUGUGGUUUCAGCAGAAUUUAAAUAUAAGUUACAG